AUGUCUGCUCUGUCGGCCAUUUUAGCUGACCCCGCGUAUCAUGACUACUUGGCUAUCAUCAAGGGUGCUAGGAAUGGCUUUGUCUAUGGUGUAAAAGUACGAUUUCCCCAUGCUCUCAUCAUGGCCAUUUUGUUCGGGCGUGGAAGCUGGACUACUCGCCUUCGUACCAUCGCUCGUGCAACUAGACAGCACGCACUGAACCUUGCCAAAUUCGUAUCGUUGUACAAGACCUGUCUUCUCAUCCAGAAGAAGUUCAAUGGCGGAGUCCAGCGCAGCGCGGACACAUUUAUUGCCGGCCUUAUCGGCGGCUAUUUUGUCUUCGGGGAUAGAAAUGCUGUCAACGAACAGAUCGUGCUCUACGUCUGUUCUCGAGUCGUCGCGUCCCUCAUUCCUCGCGCCGGGUCCCCGUAUGCGAUGAACUCGACUGCUUCUUCUGCCGUAAAGCCCAUCCCUCCCGAUGCACGGAAAUUCUCUGUAUUCGCUGCCCUAUGUUGGGGGGCAGUCAUGUGGCUCUUCAAUGAGCGGGGCGAGGCUAUCCAGCCGGGGAUGUUCAGCUCCAUGGUCUACCUUUACCGCGAUUCGGAACAUUGGAAUAGCUUGCGGACGCUUCUUUGGCACAACAAGUAG